GGCCGAUAUUUUUUUGUGGAAGUCGUAUGAAUUUCCUUCGUCAUUUCCUUUCAGCUUAUGUGAACUCUAAUGAAAACCGCCACACUACAACACACUCAUUCGGAGCCAACUGCCAGGUUAACAAAGAAACCGCCAAGACCGAGACAGUCUCAAUCACCGGCAAUCAAAGCACGUCAAAAUACUGCUCAACGCGAACUUCCAGAAAAGGAUGUUCCAUCCCGUUCAAAACGACCUUCAGAUUCCAGGGAAUUUCAGCAGGGGCUUGGUUUGGAGAAAUCUUUUAUAGAGGAAAUGGAGACUCGAGAUCUUUGCUCCCGCCUAGAACAAAUGCGGCCUCGUCUUACUUGUGAAACUACACCUGACCCAGUUGAAAUGGAGCAUGAUACCCGGACAAAGUUCACGUCGCCCACCGACUUUGCCUAUUUGGACCAUUUUUUGAGCUCGGUUCAGACCAAAGUGAACCCACCCAUUACCCUCCAGAAGAGCACUACAGAUGUUAGAGAUCCUCCUCGUGUUCCAGACCCAUCGACAGAUAUUUUGGCCCAGUGGCGACUUCGAAGGAGAAUAGAGGCUGCUCAAAAGGCCAUAGACCCAUCAUUUCAGUGGAGCGGCCUUCCUGUACAAAUGCCACACACCGGACACCAGACGCCCCUCCCAUCCAACACCCCCUAUUUAACUGGGACAUUCAACUCUCCGUUUCACCAGUCUUUUUGUGCACCGUAUCAAAUCCCUGCUGCCCACUGCACCGUUGGCACACAGACGACUCAUACGCCGGGCCGUGUGGAUCAAGUGAACUCAGCUUCUCAGACGGAUGAGCCAUCAAGAUCUUGUCGGGAUGUGGCUGUCCUAGCGGUAGAUGUUUCAAAAUCGACGACCGAUUCAUCUACUAGUCCAGACAAAACUGAGCAACGCUCCGUGCGAAUUAUGGUGGUACCUUGUCGACGAGAUGCUCAAGUACAAACUUCGUCAGAUUGCGCUUCUAAUGACACUCAGCCCAGACUGACGCGUGAUACUUUAAAAGCAUGGAGCAACGUUCACCACGUUCAUGUAACUCGAAAAGAUGAGCAACAUUCAACUCCGGUUCUUCCGCAUACUUCAAAUGACCGACGACCGGAGUUUCACAACACGUUCCUUCUGGACUCAAUACUGGACUCAGAGAGUGCUCGACGUACAGAAACAGGAAGCGGUUGGCAGGUUUCCUCGUUACCGUCGACUCCGUCUCCCAUACCGUUUGUCAACCCCAAUCUUUCAACGUUUGGAGACAGAGCGUCAGCAGUUGAUUGCGUUCUCUGCGCCGAAACCGCGUCCAGAGUGCCGCCACAAACAGGCGUCCCCACUCACCCACCUGUCGUCCACAUAAACGACAAGGAGACAGUAACGCCGACUUUUGAAUUCCCGCUGGGUGCUCUAAGAGACCGCAUCAGUAUGAGCAUUAUACAAUAUCUUGAGCAAACAGUGAACAGCGCCUCUGUGCUUUCAAAGUUUCCAAAUGACCGUCUGCUUCGAGAUCUUUGUCACAGUCGGUCGGACCGUCUGGAACAAAUGAGGGCUGUGAUUAAGGAAAUACAUGCCCGUGAACUGGAGCUACUAGACCAAGCGAAGCGUGAAUAGCUUCCUCGUGGGUAUUGUGUCACUCCUCCUAUCGAUUGUUUCCAUUUUUACGUUUCCAACAGUGUUUUCUCUACUGCUUUUUCCGAAUCAAACAAGUCUGUGAUCCUUGUACAUAUCGGCCACACCGGUCUUGAAAUAUAUACGUCAAUCCGUG